AAAAAAAAAAAAAAAAAACUUUCAAAAAACCUUUCAAGCCGACAGAUCCCCCUUUACGCUACGCUCUCUCAACCUCUCCAAACAACCACAACCAACUCCAAAGUCCCAAAAUUUCUAUAACCGAAAAAAAAAAAAAAAAAAAAGAAAAAAAGCUGAAAAUCAUAAUCUCCACCAUUUUCCCCCAAUUCCAAUGCCUACCAAAACCCUAAUUUAGCCCCUCCCAUUCUCACCAUUCCCAAUGAAAAAACCUCACUUUCCCCAUUACCUCGAUCGAAAAUGGCUUCUUCUUCUUCUCACAACCUCCGUACUCUUCCUCUUGCUCCUACUCACUGUAACUCUCGCUCAGCCCAGGUUCUCAUCCCCAUCCGAUUUUGCCUACGACCAGCGGCAAUUAGCAUUUCUGGACCGAGAUUUCGGCGAUGGGAAUGAUCGAUUGGGUCUUCCGAAACUGCCCAGAUUGGCUUAUUCGUUGACGGGGACGAAAGGGGAUGGACCGCAAUUGAGGCGGCUACUUCAGGCGCUGUAUCACCCGAGGAAUUACUAUGUUCUGCAUCUGGAUCUGGAAGCUUCGGAUGCUGAGAGGCUUGAGCUGGCCAAGUAUGUCAAAUCUGAGGCUUUGAUUGAGAGGUUUAAGAAUGUGAUGGUGGUGGGCAAGGGCAAUUUGGUCACUUACAAAGGUCCUACUAUGAUUGCCUCUACGCUUCACGCGGUUGCGAUUUUGCUUAAAAAGUCCAAGGAUUGGGAUUGGUUUAUCAAUCUGAGCUCGUCCGAUUACCCUCUGAUGCCUCAAGAUGAUAUCUUGCAUAUUUUCUCAUACUUGCCAAGAGAUUUGAACUUCCUUGAGCACACGAGUAAUAUUGGCUGGAAAGAGAAUCAAAGAGCAAGGCCUAUCAUUAUAGAUCCAGGCUUGUAUCACACGAAGAAAUCUGGAGUAUUUUGGGCCAAAGAGAGAAGGUCUAUGCCUGCUUCCUUCAAAUUAUUCAUGGGAUCUGAAUGGGUGGUGUUGACAAAACCAUUUCUUGAAUUCUGUAUUUGGGGAUGGGAUAACCUCCCUCGGACUCUGCUCAUGUACUAUACGAAUUUUCUGUCAUCCCCUGAGGGCUAUUUCCACACUGUCGUUUGUAACCACAAGGACUACCAGAACACAACCGUGAAUCAUGACUUGCAUUAUCUAAAGUGGGAUAAACCCCCAAAGCAGAAUCCUGUUGCUCUGACAUUGGAGCAUUUUGAUGAAAUGGUUCAGAGUGGAGCUCCUUUUGCCCGUAGGUUUGCCAAGGAUGAUCCUGUUCUCAACAAAAUCGACAAUGAGCUGUUGAGGAGGUCUGGUGACCGGUUUACUCCUGGCGGUUGGUGUCAAGAGACUUCUGUUUUACAUAAAGAUAAAUGUUUAGUUUACGGGAAUCCAAAUGUUGUUAAACCAACUAUAAGUUCAAAAAGGCUAGAGAAACUCAUUGUGAAACUUCUUGAUUCUGAUAAUUUCAGGUUAAAGCAGUGUAAAUAGUCUUUCAAGGCUCAGUUUUUUCUC